CACACCAGAACCUGAUACUACCCGUAAGUUAGAAAGUUGUCAAUAGAAAAACCUUACUUGUACAUUCCAGCUAAUAGUGUUUAAUUUAUGCAUAUUUCAUAUGUAGAGGCAGCCAAUCCUACUUCAACAGAAAAUACUAAUCAAGUUGAUCCUACAGCCUCAGAAGUACCUGCACCUACUCCAACGACACCGGAAGCGCAACCUACUGAACCAGCAGCUACUUCCCAAGCACCUGUACCUACUACUUCAGAAGAACAGCAGCCUUCUCCUCCAGCUUCUAUAGAGCAGCCAACGGCAUCUUCUUCCGCUCCUGCUACUCCAACUGAACAACAACAAACCACAGAAAACGCUUCUCCGGCCCCUGCCAUUAGUACCGAAAUUUCGACUCAAGCACCUUCACGAUCUGAAACUACUUCUAACAGUAGUAGUUCAGAAGCAGUUGCACCUUCUACUUUAUCGGAUCAAUCCAAUCAAGCACUACCUACCUCAACAGACCAGCAACCUACUUCAGAUAACAAUAAUAUAAAUACCAGUACCCCCACAGAUCAACAACUUUCUAUUUCUCCUACUGCGACUAUGUCAGAUAGUGCUACACCCACUUCAUUCUUACCCACAGAUUCAUCCACUUCCGAGCCUACACCGACACCUACAGAUGCCAUAAACACGGCUCCCUCAUCAACGAAUGCAACACCCACUGAGUCAGCCAGUCCCACAAGUUCCAUCGACGAAACACCCAUUACAACCGAUUCUAUCCUUGUGACAUCUUCUACAAUAGAUCCUACUGCUUCUAUUACAGAUUCUAUUUCAGAGAGCACAGCAUGGCCCACUUCUUCUGCUUCUGAAAGUGUCAGUAGUAGCUCUGUUAUGGCCUCUAUCACCUCUUCUCUUCUUUCUUCCAGCUUGAUGCCAACAGCAACACCGACGGGUACCAUUAAUGACGGCGCUGCUCAUAGUGAUCUUGGCCAGAGCGACGGUCUAAGUCAGAAAAACAAAGCCAUCAUUGGCGGUUGUGUCGGCGGCAUUGGUGGCGCACUUGUUGUGGGCGGUGCAGCUACCAUGAUGGCAAUGAAGUACAAGAAACGUAAACGUGAAGCAGAUAUGGAGAGCUAUCAUCCUGAAUCCAUCAGUAGUAGCAUAGGCAAUAACAUGUCUGAAGAAUACCAUGAUAAUUUUGAUUCUUUUGGUAGUUCGGACCAAUUCGUUCAACAACGCCGAUAUUAAUCACUCCAGAUGAUCAUUGAUAAAGGAUUGCCCCAUACACCACUUCAACAAUUUUUUAUUAAUUUUUAUUUCUAAUCUUUUUGUGCUAUAUCAGGAAACUCUCAUCAUUCUACUAUCCUGUUACUCUUUUCUAUGUAGUUAUUUUCUAUUACCUAAUUUACACUCAUUCCUAAUCAAUUACACAACAGCAUUUUUUCUUUUUGUUCAUCUCAACAUGUUUACAGUUCAAAUAUUAAAUAAUGGCAGGCCCUUGUUCUUUUUUUUUAGUUA